UUUCAAAUGUCAUUCGUUUCUGACCUCCACUUCUAUGUGUUUUUUCUUUCUUUCUUUCUUUCUUUUAUCCCUAUAUGGUAAUAAUAGCAACUCCAAAAUUCCGUCUUAAACUUUACUUAUAUUACUUAUCAUACAUUCGUAUAGUUUGAAAAUUUGGCUGCUAUUUUCUUGUAGGUUGAGCGACCAUGCCUAACGUAUUGUAUCUGCUUCCACGUUAGCUCUAAUGCUUGUAUUUUCAUAUAUUCUUUAAUUCUACUUUAUAGCACAAAAUUUCAUCAGAUGAUAUAACCGGUAAUGUUUGCCUAUUGGGAUGGUUUUUGCUGAAUCACCGUUUCCGGGUAAGUUUUAUUUCUUGUGCUGGUGUUUGUAAUCUGUUCAUCGAUGAAAAUAAAAACAACCACAUGAGAAAUGAGUCUACCAUUAUUGACAAUACGGAUUCGAACUGAGACGGAACAAGACAUGGAUUGGAUGGUUCGACCUGAUCUGAUGACGUUUAGACAAUCUUUAGAAGUGAUCGGUAACGUGUUACAGAAUAAAUCACUGACAGCAUUUGAUUAUGAUGAUGAAGACGGUGAAAGAAUUACCGUUCGCAGUGAUGAUGAGCUGCAGACUAUGUUAACUAGUUAUUUCAACAGCCUCAAAGAAGAAGAUUUGGUCCGUGGCCUUCUACCUCCUCUUAUUGUUUAUCCAAAAGUUUGUAAGUCUCCACAGCACCGAAAUAUCCAUGGUUUAACAAUAAACACGCGUCAGCUUCCUGUAUCUUUUAUCAGACUUAUGAAUGUACCAAAAAAAAAACGCUCUGCCCAAAAUAUCAAAGACAUUCUAGCAUGUGGAAACAUUGCAGAAGACGACCUGAAGGUCAUAGAGAUUAUUGGUCUUGGAAGCAGUGGGAAGGUUAACAGAGCCCUGCAUAUGCCAACUCAUAAAAUAAUGGCUGUGAAAGUCAUUCAACUAGAUGUCACUCAGGAAACUCAGUCUGAAAUUAUUUCUGAGUUGGAAAUACUCUGUCAGUGCCAUUCACCUGCUAUUAUAGGAUUUUAUGGAGCAUUUUUUGUUGAGAACCGCAUCUCAAUUUGUACAGAAUUCAUGGAUGGUGGCUCCUUAGACAAAUAUGGAAAAGUGCCACAGUCAGUCCUCGGUAAGAUCACCUGUUUGGUUGUGCAAGGGUUGCAAUAUCUGUGGAGUCUGAAAAUCUUACACAGAGAUGUGAAACCAUCUAAUAUCCUUGUCAAUUCCAAAGGAGAAGUGAAGCUAUGUGAUUUUGGUGUAAGCACCCAGCUGGUGGAAUCAAUUGCCACAACCUAUGUGGGAACAAAUGCCUACAUGGCACCUGAACGUCUUCAGGCCAAGGAAUAUGGCAUGCCAGCAGAUGUUUGGAGUUUGGGUGUUACUUUAUUCGUGUUUGCUACUGGAGAGUUUCCAUUUUCAUUGGCACAUGGUCACGUGGGCGAGGUGUUGAAAACAAUUGUGGAACAACCUCCACCCAGAUUAUCUGAAGAACACUUCUCAGCAGAAUUAGUUCAUUAUGUCACAAAAUGUAUGCAGACCCUGCCUCAAGACAGGUUACCAGCCGCAGACUUGUUGGUUCAUGCCUACACUCAAAAGCAUUGCAUGGACAGUUCCGAUAUCAUUGCCAACUGGGUCCAGCAACAAAAACGAUGAAUUGAAGAACUGUUGAACCAAAGAACCAAUUUGCUGAAGAACAACAAAUGAAUUAUUAACGUUCUGCCUGUCCAGUGCAUUUCAUGAGUUUGCCCUAAACGUCCAUGCUUGUUGUCAAGCUUUUAGUUAGCCCUUGUUUCAUACGUUCUGAAUAAUAUAAACGUUUCCUUUCAUAAGUCCUAAGCUACUCUGUUGAAAAAAAUUAGGAAUGUGUCUCAUAUAUGAUGCGUGGAUGCCAGGGAAAUAUGUCGUGUAACAAGUGUGAUACACAGGACAAAUAAAGGGUUGUGGGAAAGAAAAAUAUGUGUAUAUAUGCAACAACUAAAAAGUUACUGGAGAUUUUGGAAAUAACAUAUUUAGUUUCAGAAUUUUUAUUUAUCUAGCAAGUGAUUUGAUUCUGAGACUGUGUUGAUGCUGAAAAAAUUACAUAGCAGAAAGAACCAAUUCAGCUAUUUAAAAACAUUAAAAAAAACUGUUAAAUUAAUUUUUUAUUUAUUUUUGGAGGUGCUAAAAUUUCC